AAAAGGAAACAGCAUAGGGAACUGAAUUAGGACAAGCACCAGAGACGGAGAGGAAGAAGCAGAGAGGAGUUGGAUCCAAGAAGAGGGCGGGGAGGAUACAUGGAGCCGGCGAUGGAUCUGAUGCGGCGGAUGCCGCCGGGGAGCACCGAGACGGCGCUCAACGCGUUGCUCUCCCUCCUCCCCGACCACUCCCUCGACCUCCUCUCCCAAGUUGACCUCCCGCUCCAGGUUUGCAUGGAUAAGGAGAACAAUAAGGAGUACAUUCUUUGUGAGUAUAACCGCGACGCCGAUUCUUACCGAUCACCUUGGUCCAACAUAUAUGAGCCUCCUUUAGAAGACGGGACAGUUCCCUCAGAAGAGAUGAGGAAUCUUGAAGUCGAGGCAAAUGAGGUUUUCUCUGUCUACCGUGAUCAGUACUAUGAAGGUGGGAUCUCAUCUGUGUACAUUUGGGAGGAUGAAGAUGAGAGUUUCAUUGCAUGCUUCUUAAUAAAGAAAGAUGGACAAGGGAAAAGAGGUUAUAUGCAAAUAGGUUCGUGGGAUGCAAUUCAUGUUAUCCAGGUUGGUCCUGAAGAGGAAGGAGCAGCACAUUACUGCUUGAACAGCACUGUUAUGCUGUCAUUGACAACAGAUAACAAGCAAUCGGGAACUUUCAACUUGUCCGGGUCAAUUAGGCGGCAGAUGAGCAUGACCCUUGCUGUGGCAGAUGGGCAUCUGGUUAACAUGGGGAAAAUGAUAGAAGAGAUGGAGGGCAAGCUGAGAAAUUCACUGGACCAGGUCUAUUUUGGGAAAACUAGGGAAAUGGUUUGCACUCUUCGGCCAUCACCCGAAGUACUUAGCAUGAGAGUACCCGACAGCUGAUCAGAUACAUUCAUAGCAAUGCCAGUUUAACAUGGCGUUUUAUCUCCUAGUGUCGUGUCACUUUUUGCAUAUGUAUCUGCAGUAGAGUUUUCUUGUCCUUUGGUGUGUGAUGAGGAACUGGGGAAUAGUAUCAUAUGGCAAUCGUUGCCGACUACUAAAUACUGUAUAUACCUCUACAUAUUGCCUAAAUUUAAGCUAUUUUAUGUUUCCAUCAA